AUGUGCUUCAGAAAACGAAACGGCUACCGCCCUCCAGAUCAUUUUAAUGCAAAAAUUUACACAGGCCCUGUCCCGGCAGAGCGCGAGUCUCCGAUGGCUCGGAGCGAGACGUCCCCCAGCCGGGCUCAGCAAGCCUCCGCUCAACGCCCCAAUGCCUGCUGCUUCUGCUGGUGCUGCUGCUGUAGCUGCUCAUGUCUUACUGUUAGGAAUGAAGAUGAGAAUCGGAGCAGGAGGAAGUCCCGGGAGACUAAGCUGGAGACCAUACCAAACUGUGAAGCUUGCACCAAACCCACAGUGGAGGAGAUACGGCUAUGGGCACAGUCGUUUGACAAGCUGAUGAAGAACCCAGCAGGUCGUAAUGUCUUCAGGGAAUUCUUGAGGACGGAGUACAGUGAGGAGAACAUGCUCUUCUGGCUAGCCUGUGAAGAUCUUAAAAAAGAGAUUAACAAAAGUACGAUUGAGGAGAAAGCCCGCUUAAUCUAUGAGGACUACAUCUCUAUACUCUCACCCAAGGAGGUGAGUCUGGACUCUCGGGUGAGGGAGGUGAUUAAUAGAAAAAUGCAGGAUCCUACUCCACACAUCUUUGAGGAUGCGCAGCUGCAGAUUUACACGCUCAUGCACAGAGACUCCUACCCACGAUUCCUCAACUCCUCAAUCUACAGAUCACUGGUGCAGGGAGGCUCGCGUUCCUCUUCCGAAUCAUAG